AUCCUGACAAGAGACUAUAAAUCUAAAUAAAGUGAUUAAUAAAUAUAACUGUGUUAAAUUCAAUAACUGGGGAUAUAAAUUAUAACCCUACAAAUUCAGAAGUGGGCAGAUCACAAGCCAAAUAAAUAAAAACGAAAAAGAAGACUAAAAACUAAGAUAAUAAAAACUUAACAAAACAAAAUGGAUUUAAACGACGCAACGAUUGAACAAUUAAAAAAGUGGUUAAGUGUACUUAACUUAUCAACGACGGGUACAAAACGAGAAUUAAUUUUACGUCUUAACAAAGUACCGCUUGAAAUACGCAAAAUGGGUGAUGAAAUGUUAGUACAAAAAGGGAAUCGAGACGGCGCCGAAAGCAACGAAAAAGACGGCGACAUAGAAAAUUCCGAAGAAGAAGACGGCGCCAAGAGAAAUGAAAAAGACGGCGACAUCGAAAAUUUUGAAGAAGACGGCGACAAAAGAAACGGAAAAGACGGCGGCAUCGAGGAUUGCGAAGAAGAAGAAGACAAAAGAAACGACAAAGACGGCGACAUCGAGGAAUAUGGAGAGAAAAGCGAUGAGAAUAACGGCAAAGACGGAGAAAUCGAAAGCGAAGUUGGCGAUGAGUACGAAGAAGCUAUAGGCAGCAUGGAAGAAGUUGGCGGCAGCACUGAGAAGAAAGAAAAGGGUCAAAGGAACAACGAAAAAGGCGGCGAACAAAAGGAAGGAAAAAAUCAAAAGUGUGCAGAGAACAACAAAGCUAGAGAGAAUUUCAACGACGCAGUUAGCAACGCACGUAUGGUGAAAAAAGGCAACGUCGCCAAAGAAAACAUGGAGUACAAUUUUAAUCAGAGCAUUGAUAUUUCGUUGGGAAUGGCAAUGCAAGUGUUGAGUGACUUCUCUGGUGAAUCGUGUGCCCGCAAAUGGGUUACUCAAAUGAAUAAUAUUGCCAGCAUCUAUGGCAUAACUGGGCACUACGUUAAAAUGUUGAUGAUCAGCAAGAUUAAAGGUAAAGCCAAUGUUUGGCUGCACGCAAAUUCAGGGCGUGUUUUGCUACCACUUGAAGAAUUAACUGCCGAACUGAUUUCAAUGUUUGGCGAAAAGGCUUCGAAACUGGAGGUAAGGCGCAAGUUUGAGAAUCGCCAAUGGAAUGCCGGUGAAACUUUUGGCAGUUAUGCGGACGACAAAGUAAUGCUUGCUCAGAGCAUUUAUAUGGAGACAGAAGAAAUGUUAGACUGCAUUAUUGAGGGAAUCCCGAAUCAAGGGCUGCGUAAUCAGGCGCACAUGCAAUGUUUUGAAAAUGUUAGACAAAUGAAGCGAGCAUUUGCCGAUAUUAGCCUGCCCAAAUCCGUACGUUUUGGAGGGACGACGACAGUGGCGCACUUCAAGGACAACAAAGAGACGCGCUGUUAUAAUUGCAACGCCAAAGGACACUGGGCAUCUGAAUGUAGGAAAGCGAAGCGGGAGAAGGGAUCUUGCUAUGCGUGCGGCGAGAUGGGGCACUUUGUGGCAACCUGCUUGAAAAACAAAAAUAAGCCCGGAGGCAAAAACAAUUAUAAUGCCUCAUAGACACGGGAAGCCCGAUUUCAUUGAUCAAAAUAUCUAAAGUACCAGCAAAUGUCUGCAAGUUACCUGUUCUAAGUUUAUACCAUGGAUUAAAUAAAAGUUAUCUAGAAACGUAUGGAAGAAUAUUAUGUUACGUUAAGAAGAAUUUAAAUAAAAUACAUUUUCAUUUAGUUAUUGUGGCGAACAUGUCUAUGAGUCAUGAUGUAAUACUGGGAAGAGAUUUUAUGGAAGCAUGUAAUAUUAAUUUAAACCUCGACUCCUUGAAAAUGGUUACGGUGGAGAACAUGGAAAACCCUUCAAAUGUUAGUAAUGAAAAUCAAAUAAUUAGUGAUAUUGUUAGUAAUAAAAAUCAGAUUGUUAGUGAUAUUGUUAGUCAUGAAAAGCAGAUUGUUAGUGAUAUUGUUAGAAAUGUUAGAGAAGAAAAUCAGAUUGUUAGUGAUAUUGUUAGUCAUGAAAACCAGAUAGUUAGCAAUGUUAGUGAUAAAAUUAGCGACAAUAGGCAGAUGAUUAGAAAAGUUAGUAAAGUUACAGAUAAAGAAAUAGUUAGGAAUAGCAAUGAAAUAGAUUUAGUGGCAAAGGAAUUAUUUAAUAUUAAUAUUACAGAUGAAAGUCCAGAUUACAAAAUUGGCAAUGAAGUGAAUUAUAAUGUUAGGCGUCAUUUUAUUAAAAUGGUAGAAAGCUGUUAUGUAAAUAAGCAAAGACCAAAGGAACCCGAAGUUAGAUGUGAAAUAAAAUUAAGAUUAGAGGAUUCUAAACCUUUUAGUUGUUCGCCCAGACGUUUAGCUUAUACAGAAAAAGAAAAGUUACAGGUUAUAUUAGAUGAAUACUUAAUCGAGGGAAUUAUAAGACCAAGUCAAUCGGAGUACGCAUCUCCAAUAGUGUUAGUAAAAAAGAAAACAGGCGACUUACGAUUAUGUGUGGAUUAUCGAAAACUUAAUAAGACAAUGGUUAAAGAUAACUAUCCUUUACCUUUAAUAGAUGAUUUGUUAGACACUUUAGUAAAUAAAACAAUAUUUUCGAAAUUAGAUUUAAAA